AUGCCUCGUGGAAGACCUCGAGGUCGUGUUCGAAUUUCAGCUGGGAAAGCAUCAGUUAAAUCGUCACCAUCGUGCUCUGGUCGUAAUCGAAAACGUGCAAGACAGGCUGGUAGUUGGACGAAAUCAAAAUCCACGAAAACUUCAAAAUCCAGGGAAAGUCGGCAAGUAUGGGAUGAAAGCGACGAAGAAUAUGAUAGGCCUGACUACUACACCGAUUCAACGGGUGAUUUCGAUAGUGAUACUUCCACUGCCCGAAUAAAUUCUGCAGCAAUGACUUUCGAAGACGAAGCAGAGGAUGAAGAGAUAGAAGAGACGUCAUCCGUGGCGAGUCGAGUUCCAACACCUGGAGCAUCGCUUUAUGAGACGGAUGAAUCUGUUGAAUGUCCGUGGCUUGAAAUUCCGGCAGGACAGCUACCAAUACUGAAAUUACCGAAAGGAAGCCAAGAUUUAUUGAUCGAUGAAAAAUAUUUAUUUGAUGCUCUUGAGGUUUAUGAAACAUGUCGUUGGUACUACCAAGCAAUUCGGCUUUCUCCAUUUCUCUUCGAAGAUUUUUGCGCCGCUCUAAGUACCGAAAGUCAAACAAACCUCUUAGCUGAAAUACAUAUUGCGCUGUUGAAACUGUCAUUAAAAGAUGAUGAUGAUGAGCAAAUCAUAUUAUCAGUACAGGAUACAAACAAUAGUUUCAAUAUCAUGCUUCAACUGCUUGAACCAAUGACAUAUGCUGAGGUACUUCGACAGUAUUUGGAAAGCGAUCCACAUCGUUUCCCCGCAAAGGUUCUUGAAGCGGCAAGUGGAAAUUAUCCAUUUGUUGAUGUGGAACAGCGACUUAUAGUUCUUUUAUGGCUUUGUGAUCGUUUCUUUCAAACUAGCGAAUACCGAAAUAUUAUGAGAAAUGACGGGAAGUUAACAGUAGAUGAGCAUUGUCGUGAAUGUGGAAAACCAGGCGAUGUUUUACUCUGUGACGGUUGUGAAGCAUGUUAUCACUUGUCAUGCACAGGUUUGGCCGACAUACCGGAUGGAAAGUGGUUAUGUCAAGUGUGUGAAUUACAUAAGGUACGCGGCGUAACAGACUGUCAAGUCCCAGGUCACCGAUCGUCGCGUAUGCCAAUGCGUUUUAAACCUUUGGGUCGGGAUCGUCAUGGUCGUCUUUAUUGGUUUAUGGUGAGACGCAUAUUUGUGCAGGACGAUACCGACGGUUCUGUGCAUUACUACAGUACCCUUCCUCAACUCUAUUUCUUACUGAAUAUGUUUUUGGUGAAUGAAUAUGAAAAACGUCUGGCAGCCGUUUUUAUGGAUCUUCUUCCCCUCAUUGAAGAACAUAUGCGAAUGACGCUACAGCUAACUGAUGACUAUGGACGAAGCGCAAGAACUAGAAAUAAAACUGAUUUGUAUUUACAUGCUGACAACGUUAUGAGAAUGGGUGAUAUUUUGGCAAAACCAUUGUUUAGUCAAUUACAAGAAAGUGAUGAUGAGCGGAUAGUGAUUGCAAUUGGUUGCGCGAAACACGUUGAAGUGAGCAAGUAUCUUUUACUCUACAAAGCAGAAGAAUUGUUGGGAUUUACAGGGAACUGCUUGAAGAAUACGUUUUGGACAGCUGGUAUGCAAACUCAUGAAGUGAUUACGAAAAAAGAAGUAAUCGAAGCAACUUUCCAUACAGCUUCAGUCAGCGGCGGUACUGAGGAAGUCCAUUCUAUGGAUCUUGGGUUUAGGCUUGGAGAGGGUGAUACCUUGGCACGUUAUGUAAAUCAGUAUAGCAUGAAUGAAUAUGCCAAAAAUCCAAUUCAAAGAGCUAAAGAAAGAGACAGAAAAAAGUAUAUGUCAGGAAGAUUUUCGCUUAUGGACGAAGGGGAAUUCGAGUGGACAGUAACGAAGGGGCGUACUCUCUCUGGAACACCAAUUCAGAUUGGAAAAAUAAUACAAAGUUCUAUGGAAAGUUUUGCUCAAAAAAUACCGUCAGUUUUAAUGCAUCGUUUAUGGAAACGGGAUGGCUUGGAUUAUUUUAAAAAGGGAAUGAAUGCUCCACCAACAGUUGAAUUGCUGAAAGACUUAUUAUUGCGUUUUGAAUGUGCGAUUCGACGACCAGUUCUUCAUAGUGUGUGGUGGAAUACAUUAGGGCAUACUCGGCUGAUACGUAUAACAGUGGAAGAUCGUGAGCGACGUCAGCGUUACGAGACAAAAAAAAAGAAGCAGGAAAGGGAGCUUUGGGCAGCAGAACCAGAUGAUGACGAAGUAAUUUGGGUGAAACAUCUUAAGGUUGGUUCAAUACUUAAAAGAACUUUAUGGCGACAGAAUGAUGAAGGUUAUCGAGUGAAUGGUCGCGGUGCUCUUGGUGGUUGGCUGUGGAAAUCUAAAACAUUUCAUCGCACAUUCGUUCCUCGAGCCGAAAAACCGGAUAUUGGUGGAAAUUUAGAACCCACUACACUAGCAAAUAGAAAAGCAAUUCGUCUGGAGAAGUUUGUUGGACGUCUAAAUGAAUGGAGAACUGCAGAAUUGAAAGGCGAAGAGCGGAAGUGGCAAAAAGAACUUUUGAAGAAAUGUUAUUCUCCCACAUGUAGGAUGGGUAUGAUGCCGUUACCGAUCAUCUCAGAAAACGACAGUGUUCAAGGUUGUUAUAGUCUUGUAUGUCGCCAAGCUGUAUUGCAGUCUAUGGGAAGAACUACAAGUGGUGUUGUUCAUGCACGGCCUGCAUCGUCACCGGCAUCAAAAUCUCGACAGGGAAAUGAUCAAAGUAUGAAAGCGCUGGAGAUGAAUAAACCGUUUCCUCUCCCGGUUCCAUUUGAUUAUCGAGUCAGACACACUAGUGAACAAAGUUUAUUAAUCUUACCACCGAGAGCUUUAAAACGUCUGGCUCGCCAGGGUGGAGUGAAUUUGAAUUAUUUCGCUCCUGGUUUUCAUCGUAUGGCUAAAAGUAACAUUCAAGUGUGGAAUUAUCCUUGUCAGCGUCCACUGUUCGAUAAUUGCUGGAGAUACCUAGUGUUACGCGCUCAGUCGUAUCAUUCUAUAGCUCUGCAUCUUCGGGUACUCUAUGCAUGCAUUCGAUGGACUGACAUGCAUCGCGAACCAGAUGAAGAUUUUCGGGUUACAGUCCAUCUUGCGGAUCAUGAUGAAGUACGAACAGUAAUAGGCCAUAAGGAGUAUCCACCAGACGGUAUGUAUGAGCAAUAUAAACUUAGUGUAGAGUUGAUUCCUCUGGAUGACAAUAUUGAUCUGGAUGAUGCUAACGAAGGCUUAGGAAGUGCUGCAUAUCAUCCAUCAAAAUCGUUGGAGAAAACUUUGCGUAAAAGAAAAAUAGCGAGAGGGAGAUCAGAAAACGGUGCGGUAAGGAAGGGUCAUGUGAAAGUGAUUGAACGAUGGAUCGAUGGUGUUGAACUGAAACCGUGGGAAAUAGCUAAUUAUUGGAAGAAUGUCGAAAAUCGAACAAGACGCAGUUUGGCUGCACCAUCGGUUGUUACAGUUGGUAAUAAACUUUCUGCGCCAAUUGUGAAACAUUAUGAAUCGCCGAUAGUUCAUCCUAAUCGUAUAUCUGCUGAAAGACGUCGUCCACAACCAAAACGCAUACCGGAUUACGAUUAUGAUAUAAAAGAUGAUGAGGACGACGAAGAUGAUGAUGAUGAAUAUAUCGACGUCGAAACGUUACCAAGUAUUGCUGAGACGAAAUCAGUUUCGAGUUUGGAACCAAAACCUAAAGUUCCACUAUUAUCAGAACAGAGGUCAGAAAAACAGUUGAGUGAAAGUCCGUAUAAGGCGCAUUGGCAAAAUCCCAAUGUACAUCGUCAACUUGAACAGGUGCCCAAACGUCCAGGCGAACUACUGGGAGGAGGGAAAUAUACAAUGUUUCAGAAGCCGGAUGGUACAUUGUGUCGUGUAAUGGUAUAUCAGAAUCGUCCAACGCAAGGGACCAAGACAACCGGUACUCCAGGAUCUAUUCGCUCUCCACCAGUGAUAACUUCACAAUCAAGAGCUGGAAGCUAUCAGCGUGAAUCACUGCGAAUACCAGUUGCUCGAACAGUUGUAUCAAUUCCAGGCUCAAGUCAUGGUUCUCCUGUGGCACCGAUAGGGAAAAGAUUGCUGUUGAUUCGUCGAAGUGAUGGUACGACACAGUAUUUACGGCCAGUUACUAGUGGCACAGGUACACCCGGUGCUUAUCGAGCGGUCCGCACAACACAAGCUGGUGGUGCAACAAUAAGCGAUGUUCGAGGUUCUCUAACAAGUUCCUCGUUUGUUCGUCCAGUCGGUACUACUCGAACUGUUUUCACUGGUAAUCAAUCAUUGGGAAGAGUUGUACGAUUACCUGCGCGAACAGUAGCACUGGUAAAUCACCCACCCAUCACCCAUCAAACUUCGUCUACAGUGCGAUUUGGUCGAAUGCAAACGAAUACAAAACGAAGAGGAGAUGAUGAGCUACCGAAUGAUCGUAAUAGUCCGAUUACAGCACAGGUAGAUGAAGAUUAUCGCUUAUUGGCGGAAAGAGGUCGUUCAUCUGGGAAACCAUCUGGAUCAAUUCCAAGUUCUGGAAAUGGACGUAUUGUCAGCGAUACAAUACCAGCUGUGACAGUUCAGCCGCGACAAGGUUUAACGGCAGUGGUGCACUCAUCUCUCGAGCAACAAACAUCAUCAGGUCAAAUAUUUGGUGACCAUGACCCUAUGGCCGGUUCAGGAUCUUCGGCAACUGGUGGUGGUAGAUACGCGAACAUGGUACGAACAGAAAUCAGAAAAGCAGGAAUUGCUGCACGAGUUCGUCUUGGCGCUGAAAUGGUUCGAGUUGGACAUCACGGACGUGGAGUAUCAUCAGUGUAUGGAAGGACGCAUAUAUCACAGUUGAACGAAUCAACAGAUAUGUCUUCAUCAGUCGGACAUACUUAUGUUAGUAGCCGUACUCAUGCAAAAUAUAUUGGAACCAUCGAUAUCCGCUCAAAUCUUUACAUUCGUCCUUUUGAACAGAUCGAUCAACGAGUUAUAAAAGAGAUGCUUGACAACUUAAUAACAGAAGUUUGCAUAAUGGAUGCUGAGAAUGGUUGGCAUAGACGUCAUGUUCAGCGUGCUUAUGAAAAGCGCCAAGAAGAAAGAAAACGCCGUGAAAUGCAGCAAAGGGCAUUGAAAUUUGAGCGACUUUCAGCGAGGCAGCUGGAAGUUGAGCUGGGUGAGCGAAUUGAACGGUUCAAGAGAGAAGUCAAUAAAAGACGUCUUAAAUUAGAGGAGAGAGCAGAGGCCGAGGCCGGAAUGAUUGCACCAUGGCGCCGGCCUCGAAGGGCACGUGAACUUUAUACCGGCUCAAGUUCACAAUUGCAGGCUAUAGCAGGAAUGCCGGUAGAACCAAGUACUAUAUCGUUAGGUGGCAGAGUACAUACCGACGAAACAGCCUCAAACAAGGUAGAUGAAGAGUCGAGUACUCAGCUUCCAAGCGAAAGCGAUAGUGUUCAGUGUUCAAAAUCUGCGGAGUUAAUACCGGAUUUGUUCACUCAACAGCGAUCAUUGCAGUCAUCUUCAGAGGGUCAUUCUUUAAUAGAUUCGGCGCAUAAGGUAGAAGACUCCUCACAACAGCUACAUAGUGAGAGAAGCAAGAAGAAAAAAUGUGGGGACGAAAGUUUCAUUAAGACUGAACCAGCGUCGACGUCGCGGAUGUUGAGCAGUAGCGAAGCGAAGCCAAGUGGGAAAACUCGAAGUGAACAACGUCAUGUCACACGUGGGACCUCUCCUUCAACGUCAUCACGGCCAGGAACAGCAUGUUCGGGAUCGAUUCCAGACAUAGAUACCACAAAACGACACUGCAAAUGCGAUCAACCUUAUGAUCCGAAAAAAUUUUAUGUUGGCUGCGAUUUAUGCUACCAAUGGUUCCAUGGUAAAUGUGUUGGUAUAUCGGAAAGAAAGUCAAAGAAGAUGACAAGCUGGGUGUGUGAAGAUUGUGCCAAAGAGCAAAAAAGCUCUGAACAGGAGUUAUAUUGUGUAUGCCAAACACCAUACGAUGAUUCGCAAUUCUAUGUUGGAUGUGAUGGAUGUGAAGGAUGGUUCCACCCGCGAUGUGUUGGCAUCACUCAAGAGAAAGCUGAGAAAGCAGCUGAAUAUUUGUGCCCACAAUGUACGCAAAAUAAGCAAGCCGAAUCAAGCACAUCAUCACCGCUUCUUGAGCGUCCUGAUUUUAAGCUCAUUUGGCAUGUUGUUGAUAGCUUGAAGGAUCAUCGUACUAGCUGGCCUUUUCGAGAAUCAGUUGAUCGAAAAGAUCAUCCAGAUUAUUAUUCUAUUAUUAAGAAACCAAUGGAUCUGAGCAUUGUGCAGCAAAAACUGAAACGAUAUGCAUACCACAGUUUGAAGGAAUUUAAAGCUGACAUAACACAAAUUUUUGAAAAUGCUCGGAUAUUCAAUCCUAAAGAUUCAGCUAUUUAUCAAUGUGCUGAUAUCCUUGAAAAACAAUUUCGUGAACAUAUGGUGGAAAUUAAAUCUGCAGUGGAAACACGGACUAACGGCCAAAAAGAGGAAAGUUCUACCACAAAGAAGUAG